UAUCUUGAUUAUGCUAAUCUUUGAGGUGAAAGUUUUAACUCCACUUAAGAUCUCCAGCCUUUUCAGACUUGUUCAUAUAAACUGACAUGCUUUCAAAAGUGUGUCGCUAUUGUAGGCUAUGCAUAUAAUUGAGCUCACUGUCACUGUUAUUUUGAAAAGUCGGAGGAUCCUCCCAACUGACUGUACCUCACGAGUGUGUAUGGUGUGCACGAGAAAUUUACUUUCCUUCCGGAUUUUGCCCUUAAGAAGAUGUUGGUGGAUUUUGAAGCAUAAAGAUUUUUCGCAAAACUGCUUGGCACUAAAAUGAGGAGUCGCAGCAAUUCUGGAGUUAAACUUGACAACUAUGCGCGGAUAGUUCAUCAGACUAUUCUACGUCACCAAGACCCUGUGACAGGCCUGUUACCAGCAAGCAAAGAGCAGCCUGAUGCCUGGGUGAGGGACAAUGUCUACAGCAUCCUGUCUGUCUGGGCUCUUAGUUUGGCUUACAGGAAGAAUGCAGACCGCGAUGAAGACAAGGCUAAAGCCUACGAGCUUGAGCAGAGUGUGGUAAAAUUAAUGAGGGCACUUCUUCAAUGCACCAUGCGACAGCUGGACAAAGUGGAGAAGUUCAAAUACAGUAAGAGCACUUUGGACAGCCUUCAUGCCAAGUAUAACACUCAGACCUGUGCCGCGGUGGUGGGUGACCGGGAAUGGGGGCAUCUCCAGCUCGACGCUACCUCCGUCUACUUGCUCUUCUUGGCUCAGAUGACUGCCUCAGGGCUACAUAUAGUGUACACUCAGGACGAGGUGGAUGUAGUCCAAAAUCUGAUGUUUUACAUUGAAGCUGCUUACAAAGUGGCUGACUAUGGGAUGUGGGAGAGAGGAGACAAAACCAAUCAGGGGAUCCCUGAGCUCAAUGCCAGCUCAAUCGGGAUGGCUAAAGCAGCACUUGAAGCCCUUGAUGACUUGAAUUUAUUUGGGGCCAAAGGGGGACCUGACUCUGUGGUUCAUGCCUUAGCAGAUGAUAUCCAGCACUGUCAGUCCAUUCUGAGCUCCUUGUUACCCAGAGCUUCGACAUCUAAAGAGGUGGAUGCUGGGCUCCUGUCCAUCAUUUCAUAUCCAGCCUUUGCUGUGGAAGACAUGGAGUUAGUUAAUAUCACUAAAGAGGAAAUCAUCUCCAAGCUCCAGGGAAGAUAUGGCUGCUGUCGUUUCCUUAGAGAUGGCCACAAAACUCCUAAAGAGGACCCCAACAGGCUGUACUAUGAAUCUGCGGAGCUGAAGCUUUUUGAAAACAUUGAAUGCGAGUGGCCACUUUUUUGGACCUACCUAAUCUUGGAUGGCAUCUUCAUCAACAGUCCAGAGCAGGUUCAGGAGUACCGAGAAGCUCUGGAAGGUAUCAUGAUCAAACAGAAAGAUGGUAUACGGCUGCUGCCUGAGCUCUAUAGUGUUCCUCCUGAUAAGGUGGAUGAAGAGUAUGUUAAUCCUCACACAGUGGAGAGGAUCCCAUUGGGAAAGUGCCCUCUGAAGUGGGGCCAGUCCCUUUAUGUCCUGGGCAACCUUUUGGCAGAGGGUUUUUUGGCUCCAGGAGAGAUAGACCCUUUAAACCGCAGGUUCUCAACCAUCCCUAAACCGGAUGUUGUUGUACAAGUGUCCAUCCUUGCUGAGAAUGAAGAUAUUAAGGCACUCCUGCAGAAGAAUGGGAUUGAUGUGGAGACAGUGGCAGACAUCCACCCCAUCAGAGUGCAGCCAUCUCGGGUUCUCAGCCACAUUUAUGCUAGACUAGGGCGUAAUGAGAGACUGGGGCUGACCGGCAGACCUUACCGUAGGAUUGGCGUGUUGGGAACCUCCAAGCUUUACAUCAUCCGCAACACCAUCUUUAGCUUCACACCUCAGUUCAUAGAUCAUCAGCAGUUCUAUCUGGCCCUGGACAACAAGAUGAUCGUGGAAAUGUUGCGCACUGACCUGUCUUACUUGUCUUCUCGCUGGAGGAUGACUGGGCGUCCUACCGUCACCUUUCCUGUUUCCCAGACCUUGCUUAACCAUGACCACACAGACUUGGAACCUGCUGUGCUGGCCACACUUAAGAAGCUUCAGGAUGGCUACUUUGGAGGGGCAAGGAUCCAGACUGGAAAGUUAUCUGAGUUUGUGACCACGUCUUGUUGUGCUCAUCUGAGCUUCCUCGAUAGUGGUAAGACACGCUCCAGUGUGGGCUGGGAUGAAGAUGAUGAUGUUGAGGACAGCUACUUUAGUGGUGCUGUGCAUGACCUGAACUUCAGUGAUGAUACAGAUGAUCUAGCACAAUACUUGGACCAGCUGUUAACUGCAACGGUGCCUCAGCGGGGACUCAGAGUCGAGGGAGAGGCGAAAGGACUGAGUCGCUUCAAGGCUGCAGCCAUUAAGACACGUGAGAUGGUGUCUCUUAUGAACAAAGCAAAGGAGCUCCAAAUCCACGGUGAGCUGAAAUAAUGAACUCUUACAUGUUGAAGGGGAAGUUUUAGGGAUGCAACAACCAACCAAUAAGGCAAAUAGUCAGCAAUGAAUCACAAAAUUGAUUAGUUGGGUCUUUUGUGCUCAUAGAAUCAUUGAAGUAGCAAAUAUAUUUUUUUACUUUGAAAAAUAGCAUUGCAAGAUGCAGUGGAAAAAAGAGCAGGAUGCAUGAAUGGGAUGAUGUUAUAUUAAAAGCUUAAAGGUGUGUAGUUUCACCUGACCAGGCUGCCACAUAACUUGCUUCAAGAGCCUGGUCCUUUUUUACAUGAAUUCUAUCAUUGUAUACUCGCCCUCAUGUCAUUCCAAACUUGUCAGCAAAAGAUAUAUAUAUACUGUAUUUAUAUAUGAGAUGUUUUUCAAAAUAUUGUCCUUUACUUUCCACAGAAGACAGAAUAUAAUACAGGUUUGGAAUGACAUGAGCGUGAUUAAAUGAUGACAGAAUUGUAAUUUUUGAGUGAACAAGCAACAGUUGAGGCAAAAAGAAAAAAAAAAACUGUUAUUUGGAAGCAAAUCUGUCAGGCAUUUGUCUUACAAGGCAAAGAGUAUACCAUUUGCAUGUCUACAUUUCUGUUCAGUUUUGCCUUGUCUUUUUUUGUUCCUUGUCUGUU